UUACGUCUCACUUGUGCAAACCGAGGAGGGGAGGGGAUGUUUCAAUGGCCGCCAGUGGCGCUUCAAAAUGCGAAUGUGGGCAGUAUCUACUAUAUUUAGAUCGCUUUUGAACACUCGAGCUUAGUUUCUUCGCUCCCCGUCGAUUCCCCGGGAGUGUUUACCGCUCGGGAGACGUGUUUCCUGCGCUGUUUCCACUCCGCGAGACGGACUUUACGCGCUUGGUUCGGGGGAUCAGGCCUAGCCGGCUGGCUAACAAACAAGCCUUCGCCGGAGUUGAAAGUUGACAGGUAAUAUGUAACAUAAAACAACCACUAUGACAUCCAGAUUUGGUAAAACGUACAACCGCAAGGGAGGUGAGGCUAAUUCCAAGUUCGAAGAAGUUUUCUCAAACAGGAAGCCCACCCUCACCACCAAAUGGGGCGAGACCACCUACAAGGCCCAGCUGGGGUCCAAAAGGCCUCAUUUAAAGGCUGACGAGCAAUCCAAGAGGCCCCGGCUGGAGGACAGCGACAGUGGGGACGACCCGUUUGGGUUUGAUAGUGACAACGAGUCUAUAAGUGUUGACGAGGGCAGCGUGACCGAAACGGUUGCUGAAAACGUCCCUCUGGUGACAUCUGCUGCACAGAGUACAGCAAGUGCAAUGGCAGAUAUUCCAAGCAAGCCAGCAGUUGAUGCAAAGGGUCUUCAAAAUAACAAAGCGUGGUACAAAAGUGACAGCAACCAGGCGCCGGCAUCCAUGAAAUCUUUGUCAACCACGUCAUCCCCCAUGGCUCACAACUCCUCAGGGACUCAUAGAACAGUUUCCGCUCCUCAAACCACCAUCGUGCAGUCUGGUGACGUUCCAGACGGCAGCACAGAUUUCCAGACCACCUCCUCGUCUAAUCAUGAUGCACCACCGUCAGUAGAAGAAAGUCCCGCGCAGGUGCCUCCACCGGAGCCGGUGGACAACAUCCCUCCUUCGCCGUUCACUCUCAGAGCUUCAAAUUGUAAGAAAUACCAGCCACGCAGUCGGUCUAACAAGCUAUUCCCAGAAGACAACGCUGACGCAACCCCCGAAGUGGGGUAUGCUCCCGAGAAAGCCAACAGUGUCGUUUCUGCCUCUGCGAGCUCAAACACUGCCAACACAAAGGGGCCGACGGCCAAGCCGGCUGGCCGGGGAGGCGGGAGGGUCCGUGACUACACGGUUCUGCACCCCUCCUGCGUGUCGGUGUGUAACGUCACUAUCCAGGACUCCAUUGAGCGCAGUGUAGAAGAGCUGGUGACGCCAACCACGCCUGCAGACCUUGGAGAUGCGGGACAGAUGAAGAAGAAGUCAGAUGUGCAGCCUAAACCUCAAAGAUUCAGAACUACUCAGGUCAAGGUCAAGAAAACCAAGGCCGAGUCAAAACUGGAGUUCUUUGGCUUCGAGGACGCGGAGGUCCAGGAGGGCGACGGGAUUUCCGAAGGCGGCGGUGGAGGGAAGAGCAGCUAUAAGAUCAAGUAUUUUGGCUUCGACGACCUCAGUGAGAGCGACAGUGAUGACGAGAGCUCCCACGUCAAGGAGAAGAAGGCCAGGACAUCCGCAGCGGCGUUGGUCGCUCUUGGCUCCGCCGUGGACAGCCCCCACACCAGUGACUCCCAAGACAGCCAGGCCAGCAGCAAUACAGACACUUUUGACUUCUCCGAUGACUCCAGUCCGGGGGGCACAGAGGGUCAAAAAGGACGCUCAGGGAAGCAAAACGAAAAGUCCAAAGACCCCAGCAGCGGCUACAAGAAGAUCUUCAGUGGGCCCAAAAAGUCCCCUGCCAAAGCGGUGUACAAUGCUCGUCACUGGAACCAACCAGAGCCCGAAGAGAUCCCGACGCCGCCCCUUUCUCGAUCGCAAACGGCUCCGGCCAUUUUAUCGAGUAGUGGAAGCAGCAGCAGCAACAGUGGCGGUGGCGGUGGCAGCAGCAAGGACAGCAACUCUCAUAAAGAUGACAGCUUGUUCAAAGCCCCUCCGCCCCCGCCCAAAGUCAUUAAAUCAGAGACCAUCCCCACGCGACCCUACCAGGACAUCGUCACAGCUCUCAAGUGCAGGAAGGAGCACAAAGAGCUGUACACAGUAGUGCAGCACGUCAAGCACUUCAACGACGUGGUGGAAUUUGGAGAGAAUCAAGAGUUCACGGACGACUUCGAGUACCUGGAGACGGGCUUGAAGAGCAGUCAGCCGCUCAACACAAGAUGCCUUAGUAUAAUCAGCCUGGCCACGCGGUGUGCCAUGCCAAGCUUCAGGAUGCAUCUGCGUGCCAGAGGCAAGGUGGCGCAGGUCUUCAAAAUGCUGAGUGACUCAGCACAGCAUCCGAACCUGGCGCUCUGCACUGCGGCACUCAUGUACAUCCUGAGUCGCGACCGCCUCAACAUGGACCUGGACCGCGCCUGCUUGGAGCUGAUGAUCAAGUUGCUCGAGCUCGACCAGGACUACUCUGCUCACCAAGACCAGCUCACUGCCAAGGAGGUGGCCAAGGUCAAGGAAAAGAUCAGGAAACUGUGUGAGACGGUGCACAACAAACACCUGGACCUGGAAAAUAUCACAACAGGCCAUCUUGCAAUGGAAACGUUGCUCUCUCUAACAUCCAAAAGAGCAGGUGAUUGGUUCAAAGAAGAACUGAGACUCCUGGGAGGUUUGGACCACAUUGUAGACAAAGUGAAAGAGUGUGUGCAAAACCUGAGCGAAGACGACGACAAGGAGAGCCUCGUAGCAUCUUUAUGGGGAGCGGAACGAUGUCUGAGAGUGCUUGAAAGUGUGACUGUGCAGAAUCCGGAAAACCAGGGUUACUUAAUUGCCUACAAGGACUCUGAGCUCAUCGUCUCAUCUGCAAGAGCGCUGUGCUACUGCGAGGAUAUGAUCCAGCGGUACAGCAGAGCCUUGAACAACAGCUCCUUGUCGGGGGAGUCAGACGCCAUGUUACCCCAUUGUAGCUUCAGCAAUGUGGGCAAGGCGGUGGAGGACUGCAUGAGGGCCGUUAUCGGCGUGCUGCUCAACCUGACUCAUGACAAUGAGUGGGGAAGUACAAAGACGGGUGAACAGAAAGAGCUCAUUGUUACGGCGCUAAAUUGUGUUCUCCGGGUUCCACGCUUCAUACCGCAGGAACAGCGCUUCGACGUACGAGUGCUGGGUCUGGGCCUGCUCAUCAAUUUGGUUGAGUAUAGCUCCAGAAACCGCCACUAUCUAGUGGACAUGGAGUACAACAUGAAUGACUUCUGUCUGGAAGACAGCCUGACGCUGCCAGCUAACUCGAUGCAAGGAGACGCGUCGGCAGAACCGGCCCCGUCAAAUGAGGCCACGAGUCAGGAAGGCGACACGGAGAAGGCCAAGGCCUCUGGUGCUCUGGCUGCCCUGGUGCAGCUCUUCCUGGAGAGAGAGCGAGCUGCCAUCCUUGCCGAGGCCAAAACGGACGACCUCAUCAGCGAGGCACCCAAGCCCCAGGACCAGAGCGGUGAGUGGAAGGAGACCAUGGGAGAGAUCCAAUGGGUCGCGGCCGAGCCCGACGGCAACCAACCUGAACAGGAAAAUCCAAAGAAAGAGGACGAGGAUGAAGAGUUGGACCUAAACAAAGCUUUGCAGCAUGCCGGCAAGCACAUGGAGGACAGCAUUGUGGCCUCCUACACGGCUCUGCUGCUGGGAUGCCUUUGCCAAGGCAGUCAGGUGAACGUGACUACUGUGAGAGAGCACCUCCCCAAAGGAGACUUCUCCAUCAUGACUGAGAUGCUGAAGAAGUUCUUGAGCUUCAUGAACCUCACUUGCGCGGUGGGGACCACAGGGCAGAAGUCCAUCUCCCGCGUCAUUGACUAUUUGGAGCACUGCUAACAGUGGACGCUAAGAGUAACACGUCGACCGCACACCCCUAAGGGGACAUCCCAGGUCAUCUGCCCAGAACCGUGCGGCGGUAGGACGGGUCACUGGGGUGUGGCGGCCCCCGUGGGCCUCCCUCCUCCCCCUGAUCCUGGCGAGUCACACACAACUGAACCAAAGCCAGCGCUCACAGUCGAGAUUGGCCCCUCAGCCCACAACGGGCGGGAAUGUUCCGGAAUGUCGGGAAAAGGAAAUGAAUGAAAUUUCCCAGAUUGUUCCCUUUUUCAUUUUUUAAUCUUAAUGUCAAAAGCCAAGAGUGAUACCGCUGACCAGCAUGACGAAACAAUCACUUCCAUGCAUGUUGCAAUGAUGUCUCCAUGCAUUUACCGGCCCUCGUGUUUGCAGGUGAAUUUCAAGGGGGUCUUUAUUUUAUGUAUUUUGGAAUUUGUUCUCACGUUGCCCUUUUUUUUCCCCCAUUCGCAUUUUGAGGGCCUUUCAUUUGUAUUUUAUGAAUGAUCUUUUAAUGAAAUCUGGACUUUUUUGAGUGAUACUGGCUUAAUCUGGACAUUUUAGUGUGUGUAUUUUAGAUUAUUUAAAUCCAGCUACACAGUUCAUAUUCUCACAAUGAAAUUUAACCUUCCAGAUGUGAAUUUCUGCGUGCGUCAUGUUUUAAUGAUUUGUAAUCAUGUAUUUAAGUUAAUUCUCGCUCAUUUUUAUUGUAGCGUUUGGGAAAAAAAAAUCAGAUUUUAACGUCAGUGGUUGGACAUACUUGAGACGCAAUGGACUCAAAAUUACACAUUAAUAUGCUGGUUAUAUUUAAAUCACGGUAGACUGGAUUUAGCCACUCGUCAGUGACGUCAUCCUCCACGAACGAGAAAGCGAGCACAAUGAAUGCAUAUUUAGGUCAUUGAACCGCAACGUCAUGUCAAACCCAAAACUGGCUCAAGUUUGAUCGGUAUGAAUUAAUUUUGGCGUGAUCAGAGUGAACGGUUUGUUGGCACAUUUGCCGUGAAGUCAGGAGUUCCGGGUUUGAAUCAGGGUGUGCUCAAGCUUUUGCCCGUAGACCAAAAAAACAUAAAUGUCAGAUUAAUUUAAGACUAAAUUAUCUUUAGGUUUGAAUGCUAAUGCUUGUUUUGUUAUUGGCUGGCGACCGGUCUUACCCUGUCACACCUGGGAUAGGCUCCAGCUCACACAAUAGCACAAUCGGUAUAAGAAAAUGGAUGAAUAUUUUUAAUAGCUUGUGUGCUAUAUGUCAGGAAAACGAUCUAUUUUGAAAAGGGUUUGGUUUCUGUAUGUCCAGCCAUCUGUCCACAAGCUUCCCCCCCCCACCACACACAUAUUUAUAUCCCCUUCCCACCUGUUGUCAUUCUAGUCAUGCCCGUCUAGGUGGACUUCACCCGGUCGGCUCAUGGGCAGCCACCCCUCGGUUAUGAACUUUGACCUUGUGAAAGUCAGCUAUGUAUGGAAUUGUAGAAUGUAAAUACUGGUGUACAUAGGCGAUUGAUGAACAUUGACAAAGAUGCUUAGACUACUUUUGCUCCCCCGCACCCCUUCUACCUCCUUUUCUCCCUCCCUGCUUACCUUGAAGCUGAUAUUUUUAUUUUCUACAAUAUUUCUGUCAUUUGGAAAAAAGAAGCAAGUGAUAAAAAAAAUAAAAUGUUUGUACCCA